GUUAGGGAAGAAGUUUAACUGCAGUGCUCGCUAGUCACUGCUGCUGCAAAAUCCCUCCCGCCAAACACAAACUCUCCUAAAACCCUUUUCCAACUCUCUUCUCCAAGCAUCUCCUGCUUCUCCUCAAUUUCAAAACCCUAGACUCUUCAAAAAAAAAAAAAAACAAACUCAAUUACUCCAACAAUGAGUUUCGCCGCCUAUAAAAUAAUGCACGGCCCUACCGGAAUCGAAAACUGCGCUUCCGGCUACAUAACGCAUUCCCGCGCCGACUUCGCCCAACAAAUUCCCCCCGACGAUCUCGAGUCCGAAUGGCCAGCUAAACGCGGAAUUGGUCCCACUCCUAACCUCAUUGUCACCGCCGGUAAUGUUAUCGAACUCUACGUCGUCAGAGUUCAAGAAGACGGCUCCAGAGAGUCCCGAACUUCACGCGAGACCAAACGCGGUGGUCUCAUGGACGGCGUCUCCGGUGCUUCUCUUGAGCUCGUUUGCCAUUAUAGAUUGCACGGUAAUGUUGAGUCAAUGGCUGUGCUGCCUACAGAAGGAGGCGAUAAGUCUAGAAGAAGAGAGUGUAUUGUAUUAGCAUUUAAAGAUGCAAAGAUUUCGGUUCUCGAGUUUGAUGAUUCAAUAAACGGACUCCGCACGAGCUCUAUGCAUUGUUUCGAAGGUCCAGAGUGGCUUUAUUUAAAAAGAGGUAGAGAAUCUUUUGCAAGAGGUCCAUUAGUAAAAGUUGAUCCUCAAGGUAGAUGUGGUGGUGUUCUUGUUUAUGAUCUUCAGAUGGUAAUUCUCAGGGCUGCUCAGGCUGCCUCUGGUUUGGCUGGAGAUGAUGAUGCUCUUAGUUCGGGAGGUGCUAUCACGGCUAAUGUUCAAUCAUCUUACAUUAUCAAUAUAAGAGAUUUAGAUAUGAAGCAUGUAAAAGAUUUUAUAUUUGUACAUGAUUAUAUUGAGCCUGUGGUGGUUAUACUACAUGAGCGGGAACUUACUUGGGCUGGCCGUGUUUCAUGGAAGCAUCAUACUUGCAUGAUUUCUGCUCUUAGUAUCAGCACGACCCUGAAACAGCCUACCCUCAUAUGGUCAGUAGCGAAUCUUCCGCACGAUGCUUACCAGCUGCUUGCAGUGCCAUCGCCAAUUGGGGGUGUCCUUGUGAUCUGUGCAAACACUAUACACUAUCAUAGUGAGUCAGCUACUUGUGCAUUGGCCCUGAACAAUUAUGCUGUAAAUAUCGAUAGCAGUCAAGAGCUGCCAAGAGCAAGCUUUAGUGUGGAACUUGAUGCUGCCAAAGCAACUUGGUUAUUAAAUGAUGUAGCCUUGUUGUCAACAAAGAAUGGGGAACUUUUGUUACUGACUCUAGUUUAUGAUGGAAGAAACGUGCAGAGGCUUGAUCUUUCCAAGUCGAAAGCUUCAGUACUUACUUCGGACAUUACCACGAUUGGGAAAUCAUUAUUUUUCCUCGGCAGUCGUUUGGGUGACAGCUUGCUAGUGCAAUUUACUUAUGGACUGAUGUCAUCUAGUUUGAAAGAAGAGGUUGGAGAUAUUGAAGGUGAUGUUCCUUCAACAAAGCGAUUGAAGAGAUCACCUUCUGAUGGCUUGCAAGAUAUGGUCAGUGGGGAGGAACUUUCUUUGUACGGUUCAAGUACAAAUAACAAUGAAUCAGCACAGAUGCAGAAGUCUUUCUCAUUUGCAGUGAGGGAUUCCUUGAUUAAUGUUGGUCCUUUAAAAGACUUUUCAUAUGGUUUGAGGAGUAAUUAUGAUGCAAAUGCAACUGGAAUUGCCAAACAAAGCAACUAUGACCUGGUAUGCUGUUCUGGUCAUGGAAAAAAUGGCAGUCUUUGUGUUCUUAGGCAAUCAAUUCGUCCUGAGAUGAUUACAGAGGUUGACCUUCCAGGUUGCAGAGGAAUUUGGACUGUUUACCAUAAAAAUGCACGUGGCCUUAAUGUUGAUUCAUCCAAAAUGUCUGCAGCUGCUGAUGAAUAUCACGCAUAUUUGAUCAUAAGUAUGGAGGCUCGCACUAUGGUACUUGAAACUGCUGAUCUUUUGUCGGAGGUCACUGAAAGUGUGGAUUAUUUUGUACAAGGAAGGACAGUUGCUGCUGGCAAUUUGUUUGGGAGGCGUCGAGUCAUCCAAGUCUUUGAACGUGGUGCUAGAAUUCUAGAUGGUUCCUUUAUGACUCAAGAUUUAACUAUUGGAGCAUCAAACUCUGAAUCUGGUCCUGGUUCUGAAAGUUCUACUGUGUCAUCUGUUUCUAUUGCUGAUCCAUAUGUAUUAAUAAGAAUGACUGAUGGAAGUAUUCGGCUUCUUGUCGGUGAUUCUUCUACCUGCAUGGUUUCCUUAACUACUCCAUCAGCCUUUGAAAACCCUCGGAAAUCAGUAUCUGCCUGCACACUGUAUCAUGAUAAAGGACCAGAGCCUUGGCUCAGGAAGGCAAGUACUGAUGCAUGGCUUUCUAUGGGCAUUAGUGAGACCAUAGAUGGUGCUGAUGGUGGAGCUCAUGAUCAGGGAGAUAUAUAUUGUAUUGUUUGUUACGAGAGCGGUGAACUUGAAAUAUUCGAUAUUCCAAAUUUCAAUUGUGUGUUCUCAGUGGAUAAAUUUGUUUCUGGGAAACCCCAUCUUGCUGAUACUUGCGUAUGGGAACUACCCAAAGAGUCACAGGAAAUGACAAAUAAAAGUUCUGAAGAUGUAGCCAACCUUGGCAGGAAAGAAAGUUCUCACAAUAUGAAGGUUGUUGAGUUGGCAAUGCAGAGAUGGUCUGGACAUCAUAGUCGCCCUUUCCUUUUUGGAAUAUUGACUGAUGGGACAAUUUUCUGUUAUCAUGGUUACCUGUUUGAAGCUCAAGAUACUGCCACAAAAAUGGAGGAUUCUGUUUCUUCACAAAAACCUGUUGGUCUAGACAGCACUAGUGGUUCCAGGCUUAGAAACUUGCAUUUUGUGCGCGUCCCCUUGGAUGGUUAUAUAAGAGAGGAAACAUCAAAUGAGAAAUCAUGUCAAAGAAUUACUACUUUCAACAAUAUUAGUGGUCAUCGAGGAUUUUUCCUUUCAGGAUCAAGACCAGCAUGGUUUAUGGUAUUUAGAGAGCGAAUUCGAGUUCAUCCGCAGUUAUGUGACGGAUCUAUUGUUGCCUUCACUGUGCUUCACAAUGUUAAUUGCAAUCACGGGCUCAUUUAUGUUACUUCCCAGGGGAAUUUGAAGAUUUGUCAGCUACCGUCUUUCUCAAACUAUGACAAUUAUUGGCCAAUACAAAAGAUUCCACUGAAGGGGACUCCACAUCAAGUUACUUAUUUUGCGGAGAAGAAUUUAUACCCUCUUAUAGUUUCAGUUCCCGUUCACAAGCCAGUGAAUCAGGUUCUUUCAUCACUGGUCGAUCAGGAAGCUGGCCAUCAGAUUGAGAGUCAUAAUUUAAGUUCUGAUGAGCUGCUUCGAACUUAUAGUGUAGAAGAAUUUGAGGUUCGCAUCUUAGAACCAGAUAAUGCUGGUGGUCCUUGGCAAACUAAGGCCACAAUCGCAAUGCAAAGUUCUGAAAGUGCACUUACAGUUCGAGUGGUUACACUGUUUAAUACAACCACCAAGGAAAAUGAAACACUUUUAGCCAUUGGGACUGCUUAUGUGCAAGGGGAGGAUGUUGCAGCAAGAGGGCGCGUGCUUCUGUUUUCUGUCAUGAGAAGUACAGAAAAUUCCCAAGUUCUGGUUUCAGAGGUUUAUUCCAAGGAAUUAAAGGGUGCCAUAUCUGCAUUAGCUUCGCUUCAAGGUCAGCUGUUGGUAGCAUCUGGUCCUAAAAUUAUUUUACACAAGUGGAAUGGUACAGAGUUGAAUGGUGUUGCAUUUUAUGAUGCUCCACCAUUAUACGUUGUAAGCUUAAACAUUGUCAAGAAUUUUAUUCUUCUGGGGGAUAUUCAUGAAAGCAUAUACUUUCUUAGUUGGAAGGAGCAGGGAGCUCAACUUAAUUUACUGGCCAAGGAUUUUGGUUCACUAGAUUGUUUUGCUACGGAGUUUUUGAUUGAUGGAAGUACACUUAGUCUUGUGGUUGCAGAUGAACAAAAGAACAUCCAGAUAUUCUAUUAUGCACCAAAGAUGUCGGAGAGUUGGAAAGGACAAAAACUGCUUUCAAGGGCUGAGUUUCACGCUGGAGCCCAUAUUACUAAGUUCAUAAGAUUGUCAAUGCUUUCUGUAUCAUCUGAUCGAAGUGGUGCUACGUCAGGCUCCGAUAAGACUAAUCGCUUUGCCUUGCUAUUUGGUACUCUUGAUGGCAGUAUUGGUUGUGUUGCGCCUCUAGAUGAGCUAACAUUUCGUAGGCUGCUAUCACUACAGAAAAAACUUGUUGAUGCUGUUCCCCAUGUUGCUGGCUUAAAUCCAAGAUCAUUCCGCCAGUUCCGAUCGGAUGGCAAGGUUCACCGACCUGGCCCUGAAACAUUAGUUGACUGUGAGCUGCUCUCUCAAUUUGAGAUGCUUCCUUUGGAGGAACAACUUGAAAUCUCUCAGCAGGUUGGAACAACCCGAGCACAGAUAUUAUCGAACUUGAAUGACCUCUCGCUGGGAACAAGUUUCUUGUGAAUUCAGCUAAACUACAAGCAAUUUGUUGGAGGAACUAAUGAAGCACUUCACUAGAUGUGCGAGUGGCUGUGAAAUCAAAAAGGCUGCUUUCAAGUUGGCAUUUUGAUCACCCUCAACGAUCGCUUUAUAAUGACCCGAGGUGCAUCACAGCCAUGUUAUAUGUGUCAUACAUACAUAAAAAUCUAGAAAAAAUGUUGGCCGGAUCAGCUUCUAAUGAGCGAAAACAAUAUGCUGGCUGUUGUCUUCUGAAGAUAUAAUUUGGCUGGCAUGUUGUCGUGUAUAAACUGGAGAAUCUUAAACGUUCAACCUGACGGCUUCUUUGGAGACAACGUUUACCGUAGUUUUGAUUGUUUACUUAAGUUAUGGAAAGUAAGUUAGGUUUUGAUUCUUCUAUGUAGCAAUAAUGUGUCGAGAUAUGAUCAUUAACUACUGUUUUUAGUGGUUUUAUCCUGAUUUGUUUUCAGGAACCUUUUUGAUUAUGCUAUGACAAAAAUGGCCGCUCUAUGUAUCAAAUCUGUGAGAUUGUAACAAUUGAGGAUAUUUAAUGUGAUUUCAUGUACUUCGUUCUCCAAA